AUAAACUUUCCAUCGUAAAUCGUGACUAUAAUUUCUGUGAAAAUGCGACAGGUAUAAAUUGCAUACAACCUCAGAAACGCAAAAAAUGAACAUGAUUCUGCUUGGUUUAAUUCUCCUUUGGAGUGUGCACCUCGUGUCGUCCUCCAAGAUCGAAGGGGCGUUGAUUGCAGAUCAUUUCUUUCGAGAUUACUACGGACUAGUGCCAACCGACGCAAUCCCCGGUGGUAAAACCGAGGACGGUGGAAUGACGUAUAUCGGUCAAUUUCCCGUGCUGAAUUAUUUCGAAGAUUUAAGAAUCGACCUGCUAACUGCAACCAUUGUGAAAGGCGAAUUAAGGGCUUAUGGGCCGUACAACAACAGAACGGUGUACAGUGACGAUGUUAAUGUUAAGAUCCUGUGUGCCAAGUACCCGACGGAGUACAAGUGGUACUCUCCAACGCAGUCGUAUCCUCCGAAGUGUCGAUAUGUCACGGUUGGGUAUGAGGGAACGGAUUUAUUUGUAGGUAAAGCGACCGUGGGACGACAGGAGGUGCUGGGGAAAAUAUUUUCCAACUCCACGAACCGUCUGAUCAUUCCGUUUAAUGGAGGGGAGUCUUAUCCGAGCUCGUACACCGUCCUAACCUACUGUAGCUCAUAAUUCUCCACCUCAAAUUAUGUAUAAGAAAUGAGUACUUGAAUAAAUACGCUAAACAGCGCA